CAGAGGCCGUCGAAAAUAGUUUGUUGAUAUUUAGACUGUUAAGUAAUGCUUUAUUUAAAGGUCCUAGGUUACUAAUCGCGUCUCGAGAUUCAAUUUUGGCGGAUAAGUUUCGCGAAUUUUGACAUGUGUGCGCGUGCGCUUUCCGCAUAGCGUAAACAUGGCGACAGUCGGGCACUUGCUGUCGUUUUGAUGAAAACAAAUGAUAGCGCGGUUGAGGCUCUGUAGAAAUUCGAUUCCAAUCGUGAGUGUCUUAUAAUGGAACGGAAGGAGCAUUAGGGGGGUGAGAGAAGCUGAACGGAAUUUAGCUUAGUCAUGGGGAAGCAGAACAGCAAAUUGAAGCCGGAGGUGCUGGAGGAUCUCAAACAAAACACGGAAUUCUCAGACGCCGAGAUCCAGGAGUGGUACAAAGGAUUCCUCAAGGACUGCCCCAGCGGUCACCUGUCCGUAGACGAGUUCAAGAAGAUCUACGGCAACUUCUUCCCGUACGGCGACGCGAGCAAGUUCGCCGAACACGUGUUCCGCACGUUCGACGCCAACGGCGACGGCACCAUCGACUUCCGGGAGUUCCUGUGCGCGCUCUCCGUCACCUCCAGGGGCAAGCUCGAGCAGAAGCUCAAGUGGGCGUUCUCAAUGUACGACCUAGACGGGAACGGGUACAUCUCCCGGCAGGAGAUGCUCGAAAUAGUCACGGCCAUAUACAAGAUGGUGGGCUCCGUGAUGAAGAUGCCCGAAGACGAGAGCACGCCCGAGAAACGCACCGACAAGAUCUUCCGGCAGAUGGACCGCAACAAGGACGGCAAACUGAGCCUGGAGGAGUUCAUCGAGGGCGCCAAGAGCGAUCCCUCGAUCGUGCGACUGCUGCAGUGCGAUCCGCAGGCCCAGUAGUCCUCCCCCAACCCCACGAAAGACUCAUAUUCUCAUCUUAAGUUGUGUACAUCAACCACUCUUGUGUGAUCGCGAGGUUAACUCGGCCAAAUCCCGGUUUGAAACGGGGGAUAGUAGGAGUUGAUCAGAAUACUCAACGGAGAAAUGGAAGCAGGGCGGGAAUUUUACCGUUUUUCGACCCGAUCGUUAAUGAGACCUCCGGUCGAUCUUCGCUGGGGUGCAAGGUUAAGUAACGGAUAUACCUCAAUUUUUUAAAGCGACACGCUACACUUAGAAAUUUGAUAUAUUUUUUUGAAAAUAAAAGCAAUACUCAUGGGGCGUGAAGCAUGCCGCGCGUUCGAGUCUAUUGCGAAGGUUGGCGAGGUUCCAUUAACGACCAAAUUCCUUUUUCAUAACAAAUCAUUCGUUAGUGAAGUCUAUUAUUUAUGUAUCAAAAUGAAGUAAAUAUGGACUCAAGGUAAGUGAAGAAUGUGAAAAAAAUUGCAGAUGCACCUCAAGUUUAAUUCAGAUGCGAAGGAAUAAUUGAGUUGGUGAAUAUAUUGCGACAUACAUUCCCCCUUAGUGAAAAUAUUUCACAACUUGACAUAUUCACCGAGUUUUCAUCGGAAAAACGGGAAAUUCCCGACUGCCGUUCCACUUCGCCUACUACACUCUACUAUACCUACCAAUUUCCAAGAUUUCCGCGCAAAGAACCAGCAAGAGACGAACAGUUUUCUGUUGUAGUUACAGCUAGUUCUCCAGACGCAGAACCCGGACAACAUCACCUUGUUUUUGUCCCAUAAACCGCGGAUUGUUAAGCUCACCCUCGCAUAGUUUUAGUAACAGUAUAUUUAAUCUUAAAAUUAAUUUAGUGAAGAUAACGAUUAAGCAAGUUUUUAAGCAGAGCUCUUUUGGCGCGGCUGCUUCGAGUUGCUCGAACCCGCUGAGGUUUCCUCGACUGCGAUCUUAGGUAGAUCAGGUUUCGUGCGGGGAAAACGAGAGGGCGGCACUCCGUAGUUUGGGUCGGAUAUCGUGCGCUUGAUAUUGAGACUGCUCUUAGAAUCUCGAAUAUAUAAUAACACAGUUGUUAGCUAUGUAUUUCAUAUGCUUAGCAAUACGGAGACUGAUACACUAACACAUAGAUUUAUUAUUCGUGUUGAAUCUGUUAACGGUUGUUUGUCCAAUUUUAUUAGUAACAGUGAGCGCCGUUCGCUCGUUUUUCUCGCGAGAGAUGCUUAGUUUUAGUGAUUUUUAGUGGUCAGCGGGCAAGUUCCGACGGCAGUCCCGAAGCAGCCGGUCCCUACCUUUUCUGAACUUCGAUGAACUAUACCUACUAUAUAUUAUUGAUAACUUAACUCAAGUAAUCUUAUUAUUCAAAUAUAUCAAUUCAAUGUUACUGUUUUCAAAGUUUUUAUGUCAAAGAAGUUGAAUGUAGAUGGUCUAUUUUAUUGUAACGUUCCAAUGUUAUCUCAAUGGUAAAUGGUGCUUAUCUGGGCUGCGGCUUGCGGACUUCAAUCAGGGCCCUUUCGGGCCGUCGGCCCGUCCUCACCUGCCACGUUCUGAAUCUCAUUUCAUCGAUUAUACGAGGGGCUUUCGAAAUGUUCUCACAAUAAACGUUCUGCAUCUUUUAAAGGCUGUAAACAGUAAAAGACAAUUUUUGAUGUUAUAUUUUUUAUCGGACAGUACCGUCAAGAAACGAAUAUACAUAGUUGCUUUUAGUUUUAGAAGCAACGGGUAACCGGUUUGUUUUAAGAAUAUUUUAAGCCCCCUGUAAUCACGUUCUGCACCUUCUUUCGACUUGAAAAAACAAAUAGGAUGUGUUCGAAAACUAUUAAAUACAGAUAACAAAACUGCGAGGUCAGGCUGCACCGGAAAAGGAAUCCUAUAAUAUCGCCAUUACAAACGAGGAAUAAGAGGUAACAAUUUUUUCGAUUGCAGUGGAUUCCUUGUCGGUUGGCGCAGUUGGCCUUGACUCGUGAAAAUUGAAGUGCAAACGAGGCCUAACAAACGCGUAAACGCAAUAGAUCUAGUCGAUUGUUUCCGACAAUUAGUUUUGUACAGCAGGCCGUCCAGAAGGCCUUGCAAGCACACCGAACAUGUCUUGAUCUUCCUAAUGUCUUGCGCGAUUGUGGUUUUGAUUAUCAAUGAAUACUUGUCUACUACAUGUAAUAUCAAAAAUAAAAUUGCUGAUGCAUUAAUCAAAUGUUAA